GGGUCAUUGGACUGGCUAUGUUAGAAUAAAAAAAAUAUCAAAGAAAUAAGAAGAAAAAUAAUAAUAAUAAUAAAAGAGGAAAAAUACUUAGCAUCAAGUUCUGUGGUUGUUUAUAAAAAUUAUUAGUGAAUCUGCGUGUUGAUGAUAAGAACCGUAUGCGGGUUGUACCGCUAUAACUUAUAUUGUUAUUUUUUUGUUUUAUUUUAUUUUAUUUUUCACGUAAAAAGAGAUGCAUUUAAGAAUAUCGCGAGACAGUUUAUGUCUGACUAACGCAGUGAAAAGUCAUGAAUUUACAAGAUUUUGUCAAGUAUCUUCUUUGUGUGCUAAGUGUACAUGUUACACUUGCAUUAAAUAAUAAUUCAGCAAGUUUAAUUCAAAAACCGAGGACUAGUCGUGGUUUUUUGGAUUCAAUUGUUAGCAGAUUUAGAACAUGUGGAGGGUGUUUGUGUGGAAGAUCUAACCGAAUGGGUUCAAGAUUUUUUGGUGGUGAAACAACACAAUCACAUGAAUUUCCAUGGCUCACUAAUAUACAUGUUAAAUCUGAUCCUCCAGUAAGUGGAACUUUGAUAAAUGAUCGUUAUGUUUUGACUUCUGCUAGUCAAUUAGUUGGUGCAACAGCGCCAGAAAUUAAAGUUACCAUUGGCGCAUUUGAUCGUUGUAAUAUUGAUAUUUCAUCGUCAAAUGUCAGUGUCGAACAUAUUAUAAUGUAUCCAGAAUUUAUAAAAGAAACAAAUGCUCAUGACUUGGCAUUACUUCGUUUAACUCGUCCAAUAAAUUUUGAAAAACGAGUAACAUCAGUUUGUUUACCAAAUCCUGGCUCAACUUAUCUUGGACAAGUUGGUACUGUAUUGGGAUGGACUGCAUCUACAGAUGAUGAUUCUAAUAGUAAAUCAUGUUUACCUAAAAAAAUGGGUCUUCCAAUACUUGGUACUGCUGAAUGUUUAAAAUCUGGUGUUGAAUUAAAAAAUUAUCAUGCUGAUUCUGGAUGCAUUGGAGUAUUUGGAACGAAAUCUCUCAUAUGCCAGAGUGAUGUGGGAACAUCUGUUUUAUACAGAUCUUACUUGGGAAUUUAUGAUAUCGUUGGACUGUUAUCAAAUGGAAACUCGUGUGAUGAAAAUUCAACACAAGCUGCUGUUUAUACAAGAAUUGGACCUCAUUUAGAUUGGAUUCUACAAAAUACUAAAGACGCAUGUUAUUGUACAAAAUAAUAUUUAAAAAAAAAUAAAUAAAAAACACGGAAAAUUUAUUAUUUUCUCAGUAUAUAAAUAAAUAGUU